AUGAUCAUCCCAAUUCGCUGCUUCUCCUGCGGCAAGGUUGUCGCAGACCUGUACGAGCAGUACAUCGCCUAUCUCGAGCAGGGCAUAUCUGAUGGAGACGCAAUGACGAAGCUUGGGUGCACGCGCUACUGUUGCCGACGUAUGCUCAUGACACACGUGGACCUCAUCGACAAAUUGCUGCAAUACGAUCCCACCAAGAAGAAGGCUGGAGAAGGAGGCAGGCAAGCGCAGGAUGCAUGA